CAGACGAACCUGGGGAAGCGAAUGCAAGUGUUUGAGUCAUUGAGCCAUCCGGUGGCUCUGUGGGACGUGCGGACUUUCGCUGCGCGGGUACAUCACAUCGGCGCUGGCCACCACUGACUGCCCUCUGUCACCGUUAGAACGCGAUGGAGCAGCUCUACACGCACGGUAUCCGAGUGGCUGAGCUUCUGCAGCAAACUCUCGGUGGCUUUGAGAAGAGUUUGCUCUUUAUGAGUUGGAUCGGUGACCCCAGGGCCUCUUUUUUCAUCUACUUCCCUGUAACGUACUUUCUCAACAGAAAGAUCGGGAUUUCAGUCUUGUGGAUCACUGUACUUACUGAAUGGUUAAACUUAGUAUUUAAAUGGUUGCUGUUUGGUGAGCGUCCAUUUUGGUGGAUUCAUGAAUCGGGGGUCUAUAGUGAGCACCAGAUGCCAAAGUUAAAGCAAUUUUUCUGCUCCUGUGAAACUGGUCCAGGCAGUCCUUCGGGCCAUGCGAUGAUCACAGGUGCAGCUUGGUGGGUUAUGAUGACCAGUCUUUCUACAUCCAUUUACAAUCGCACUAGAAGCUCACUGGCAAAGAACAUUCCCGUGGUACUGUACGUAGUUCUGCUGCUAGCAAUUGGCAUCUCCAGAAUAUUUAUUUUGGCUCAUUUUCCUCAUCAAGUCCUUUCUGGAAUAAUUACAGGUGCUGUACUUGGUUUUCUGCUAAGUCAACAUAUACCUGAGAAUAUGAAAUUCAUUCAAUAUGUUGUGACCUCAAUCCUACUGCUGCUCAGUGCUGUGUGCAUGUACUGGGGAUUGCAAUACAUUGGUGUCAAUGUUUCCUGGACAAUCUUGCUUGCUACCAAGUGGUGUGCCAAGCCUGAAUGGAUCCGACUGGACACCAUACCAUUUUCCUCACUAAGCAGGGAUGCAGGAGCAAUCCUCGGACUUGGCAUUGGACUCUCCUCACCAUUAUAUGCCAGAACACUGGGAUGGAAGAUGACAUGGAAGAUGAAAGCAGUCUCCAUUGUUCUUUCUGAGUUCAUCAUUGAGAUAAUGGAUCAAGUUCCACUGCCAAAAUACUCCACUAUCCUGUUUUAUGUUCUGUUUUACCUGAAGAAUGCAUUUGUUCCCAUUUUGGUGACUGCCAUUAUCCCCUGGCUGGUCCAUUCCAUUUUUCUAAUUAAACCGGCUCAGAAACAACAGUAACACCAAAGAAAAGCAUUUUAAAAUGGUUUUACCUUCUGAUGCACUAUUAAUUCUAAUGUACACCUCCCAAGACCUCCUUAGUAUUGAGUGCUAAUCGGAAUCAAAGGCAGUGAAACUGUUGGUCCUUACAUUGACCUACACUGUUUAGGGCCGUGCAAUGCAGAUGUUUCUAACUUACAGCUGUCCUUCCAAUAGCUCUAAGUUUCCAUUUAAUCAUUCAGAGUAAAUGACCAGAGAGGCAACUACCAAUUACUUCCCAUCAUGUAUGAUGUGUCAACUUAGUUAGCUGAAAUAUAGGUCAUUCUUGAAGUCUUUACAUUGUUCAAAUGCAUUGUUGACCUUCCCCUCCUGCUAAUCAUUUCCUCCCUCCCUGCUCUUCUGCCCACAUUCCUGGCUGUUUCUCCUGGUCCCACUAUAACUUGAUCUCUCUUUAAAAAGUCAGAGUUGUAUAUCAUUGGAAACAGGCCCUUCAACCCAACUCAUCCACACUGACCACAGUGUCCAUCUGAGAUUUGUCCUAUUUGCAUGUGCUUGGCCCAUAUCCCUCUAAAUCUUUUCUAUCAGUGUACCUGUCCAAAUGCCUUUUAAACAUGGGAAUUGUGCCUACAUCUACAGCUUCCUCUAGCAGCCCAUUCCAUAUACUCACCAUCCUCUGUGUUUAAAAAGUUGCCCCUUGGGUUCCUUUUAAAUCUUCUCCCUCUCACGUUAAAUCUAUGUCCUCUAGUUUUGGACUCAACUACCCUGAGAAAAAGAUUGUGACCAUCCACCUUAUCUACGCCCCUCAGAUUUUAUACACCUCCAUAAGGUCAUCCCCCCAGCCUCCUACACUCCAGGGACUAAAGUUCUAUCCAGCCUCUCCUUAUAACUCAAGCCCUCCAGUCCUGGCAACAUCCCCAUGAAUCUUUUCUGCAUCCUUUACAUUGAGGCUACUGUAUAAAGUUUUCCAUUAUCUUAAUAGCCGAGGCAAUCAUUAGUUUACAUUUAAAAUAAAAAUGUUAAUGCUAAUUAAACCCACACUAGCCGUUUGUCAUACCAUUGUCAAUUUAUUCCUAGUCUUCCAGGUUCUGUUCAUAUUUUCAUUUUUGUUAGGCAUAAGAUGAUUGUGGAGUCGGAACAGAAAUAGAUGAGGAGCAGCAAUGAGCUACUUAGCUCCUCAAGCAUACUCCACCAUUCAAUAACAUCAUGCUGAUCUGAUUGUAAACUUAGCACUGCAUUCCAAUCUACCAAUGGUAACCUUUUACUCCCUUGCUUAUCAAGUAUCCAACGAACACUGCACUGAUUAUUUAAAGGCCUUGCUUCCAGUGCCGUUCAAGGAUGAGAGUUCCAAAGAUCCACAAACCUCAGAGAAGAAAAAUCACUCGUGUCUUAAAAUGGAUAACACUUUAUUUUUAAGGAGUGAUCCUAGUUCUAGAUUCUCCCUUGAGGAAACAUUGUCUCCAUUUCCACCCUGUCAAGUUCCCUCAGCACCUUAUUUGUUUCAAUCAGGUCCCCUCUCACUCUUCCGAAUUCCAGUUAAUACAAACCUAGCUUGUCCAAUCUUACCUCAUAAGACAACCUGCCCAUUCCAGUUAUUAUUCUAGUAAACCUUGUCUGAACUGCUUCCAAAGCAUUAACAUCCAUCCUUAAAUAAGUUUGUUCAAUGUAUUAUUGAUGCGAUCAUGCCAGUCCUCCCUAUGUUUGUAUGCAUUUCCCUUAGCAAUAAUCAGUAAUGUUAUUUCCAAAUUAUUUUUGCUGUAUCUGCCUAUCAUUCUUUUGUGGAUCAUGCCCUAUGAUACUCACGUCCCUCUGCAUCUACAAUCUCUCAUUGUUUAGAUAAAUGUCUCUUUUUAUUUUCCCUGUCAAAAUUUCACAUUUGCCCACAUUAUAAUCCAUUUGCCAGAUUUUUGCACACUUAACUUGUCUAUAUCCUUGUGUCCCCUUCACAACUUAUUUUCCUACCUACCUUUAUAUCAUACCUUAAACUCCAGGACGAAUCCCAGUGGCACACCACUUGCUAGCUCUUGGAAUACAUCCACCAGUAUCGACAGAACGUGUUACUCUUCAAAGAACCCUAAUAAAUUGGUCAAAAAUGAUUCCCCAUUCACAGAAGCAUGUAGAUUUUACCUGAUGACCUUGAAAUUUUCUAAGUACCCGGCUAUAAAGUCUUUUGUAAGAGUUUCUAACAUUUUCCCAAUGACAGAUAUUAAACUGACUGGCCUAUAACGUCCUGUUUUCUAUCUCCCUUUCUGAAUUAGAUUUAAGUUACAUGUGCUAGUUUCCAAUCUGUAGUUCAGUCAUGUUGAAUUGAAUGGUUGAAUUUGCUUGGAAGGUUAAAUAUUGGUGAUCACAGUAUUUUUGUGCUAGUACUGUAUCAAAAUCUACUCUUAUGUUUUAUAAGGGUUUUUCCCAAUUACUGAUAUGUUCUAUUUUAUUUAUUUUAGGUGAUAUUAAUGGACUAUAUAGAUUAAUAUUUUUGUCUGCUUGUAAUUUACUUUAAUUCUACUUGCAAAACAAAUUGUUGCAGGAAAUUAAAAACAACUUGAAAGGAAAAGGAUUACAUUCAUUUU